CGACGGGCAAGUCAAAACGGCUUUAACGGCGGGACGUAAUUUUUGAAAUUGAGCGCAUGCGAUAACUAUUAUCAUAAUCUUUUUAUUGUUGAAAUACUUAUCUUUGUCUUACUAGAGCGAUCUAAACACAUCGAAUUAUGUGCGUGAAAUAUAACAUUCAAGCCGCAAUGAAAAUUUAUUGACACGGAACCGUAGUGAUAGUUGACAAAGUGUGGUGGAAGCAUUAUUAAUGUUAAAUUCCGUAAUUAUUCAACUUCAGAUAUACAAGCAGCAAAGCCGCCAGAGAUGGGAAGUUUUUUUCGCAGCGAGGAGAUGGCUUUAGCCCAACUCUUCAUUCAGCCUGAAGCAGCGUAUUACUCAAUAUCGGAACUUGGGGAGACUGGGAUAGUCCAAUUUCGAGACUUGAAUGAAACUGUAAAUGCAUUCCAAAGGAAAUUCGUUAACGAAGUACGACGUUGCGAUGAAAUGGAACGCCGGUUGCGUUACAUUGAAGGCGAAGUCAAAAAGGAUGGUGUUACAAUUCCCGACUGCUCGGAGUUACCAAAGGCUCCGAAUCCACGAGAGAUAAUCGAUUUGGAGGCGCACUUAGAGAAGACCGAAGGGGAUAUCAAGGAACUCAGCGAGAGUGCCGUAAAUUUGAAAUCAAACUAUUUGGAAUUAACCGAAUUGCGACAUGUAUUGGAUAAAACCAGGGCAUUCUUUAGCGAGCAGGAUGAGGUUAAUGGAUCGACAAUGGAGAAUAAAGCUUUAAUACCAGAUGACAUUCAAAACACAAGCACCGUCGGAGGACGACUCGGUUUUGUCGCAGGUGUCAUUAACAGAGAACGGGUACCCGCCUUCGAACGCAUGCUUUGGCGCAUAUCUCGAGGCAACGUUUUUCUUAGGCAAGCCGAAAUUGAGAAACCCCUCGAGGACCCUGCUACUGGUAACCAAAUACACAAGACCGUAUUUGCCGCGUUUUUCCAAGGCGAGCAGCUAAAGUCGCGCAUCAAGAAAGUGUGCGCCGGUUUCCACGCGUCUUUGUACGCAUGCCCGAACACCAAGGCGGAGAGGGUCGAAAUGGAAACUGGACUACGCACCCGGCUGGAAGACCUGAAUUUGGUUCUUAACCAAACACAAGAUCAUCGCCAGAGGGUGUUGACGAGCGUUGCUAAGGAACUCCAAAAUUGGAGCGUGAUGGUUAGAAAAAUGAAAGCGAUCUAUCACACCUUAAAUCUGUUCAACAUGGACGUAACCAAGAAAUGUCUAAUUGGCGAAUGUUGGCUACCCAUAAAGGAUCGCGACAUCGUACAGCAGGCUCUGUCCGAUGGCUCAAGUGCGAGCGGCAGCUCAAUCCCCUCAUUCCUCAACAUAAUCAAUACCGUCGAAGAUCCACCGACGUUCAACAGAACCAACAAAUUUACCAAGGGUUUCCAAAACCUAAUCGAUUCAUACGGCGUAGCUUCAUACCGGGAGGUGAACCCAGCUCUAUACACUCUCAUCUCCUUUCCAUUCCUUUUUGCUGUAAUGUUUGGUGACGCUGGACACGGUGUAAUUAUGUUGUCAUUUGGCGCGUACAUGGUUUUAUGCGAAAAGAAACUUCAAGCCAAGAAAAUCGAUAGCGAGAUAUGGAAUAUUUUCUUCUCCGGCCGUUAUAUCAUUUUACUUAUGGGCUUCUUUUCUAUAUACACGGGGAUGAUUUACAAUGAUGUAUUUUCGAAAUCGUUCAAUAUCUUUCAAAGCAGUUGGCAUAUUUCGUUUAAUGAAUCAACUGUGCUACACAGCGAGGAUUUGGAGUUAAUUCCAGAAACUUCGUAUAGAGGUAGUCCGUACGCGAUGGGCGUAGAUCCGGUUUGGCAGAUAUCUACCAACAAGAUUAUAUUUUUAAAUUCGUACAAAAUGAAGCUAUCCAUCAUUUUUGGAGUCAUUCACAUGAUCUUUGGGGUUUGUCUCAGCGUGGUUAAUCACGUGCAUUUCGGCAGGUAUUCCAACAUCUUUUUCGAAUUUUUACCGCAGCUAAUUUUUUUGGUGUUUUUGUUCUUAUGGAUGGUGAUUAUGAUGUUUAUUAAGUGGAUAAUGUAUGGCCAAGGAGGCGAUGUCAAGAAAGGGUCUUAUUGCGCUCCGUCAGUUCUGAUAAUGUUCAUUAAUAUGAUGUUAUUUAAACACGCGCCACCCCCGGAGCUUUGUGACGAGUAUAUGUUUGACCAGCAGAGCGAUCUUCAAACGGGAUUGGUUUUAGUAUCGCUAUUAUGUAUACCUGUCAUGCUCCUCGGCAAGCCCAUCUACCUACUUUGUACAAAGAAGUCGCACAAGCCUCACGUGAAUGGGCGAAACGGAGACGUCAAUCAGGGUAUGGAAUUACAACCUGAAGUCGUGGAGGAACAAAAAUCAGUACCUCACGCUGCGCAUAACGAGCAUGACGAUGGAAUGGGUGAAAUUAUGAUUCACCAAGCAAUUCAUACCAUAGAAUAUGUGCUCAGUACGGUUUCACAUACCGCAUCCUAUCUCCGUUUGUGGGCGCUGUCACUUGCUCACGCACAGCUGUCCGAAGUACUAUGGAACAUGGUCUUACAAAUGGGUCUAAAAAGUGAAGGAUAUGUGGGAGUUGUGAUGAUCUACUUUCUGUUCAUCUUUUGGGCAUCUUGUACCAUUGCAAUUUUGGUAAUGAUGGAAGGAUUGUCCGCCUUCCUGCAUACGUUGCGUUUGCAUUGGGUCGAAUUUAUGAGCAAGUUUUAUGCUGGACUGGGCUAUCCGUUCCAACCGUUCAGUUUUAAGGCAAUAUUGGAGACGGAAGAGGCGUCGGAGAGUUAGGAACAGCCUGUUCCUAUGUAGUCGAACUUUUAGAUGUAGUCUACUUUAGAGUCACGCUUUGUAUUUUUUUGGACACCAUGUGCCUUGAUAUACAAACAUUAUGUGAUUAAAAUUUCCUGUGAUUGAAUGUGGGCCCAAAUUAUGUAUUUUACAAAAAGAAACAUUAUUUUGUAUACAUAUUUUAAACUUUCAGUUUCAAACUGUAUUACAUUCUGACUACGAAAUUUACUUCAAUAAAUGUUAUCACUGUAA